AUGCUGGGAGCCUGGCGCCGGCCCAGGAAUCCUCAGAAUGUGAGGCUUCUUGCGACGGCAUCUUGCAUCAGCCCGUGGACGCGCGCUGCCGCGGCCGCCGAGCGGGAGGCGUCCACCGCUCUCCUCCGGCCGAACCGGCCUGGGCCGCUCUGUCCGGCUGCUGCUCACCGAGCUCCUGCAUGAGCGUCCCUCGCUGCCUCUGAGAUGGCUCCGCCCCCCAGAAUGCCCUCCGCGCUGCUCCUGCUGCUGCCCAUCUUGAGUUCUGCAAGAGCUCAGGUCAACCCAGCCGUGUGCCGCUACCCCCUGGGCAUGUCGGGAGGCCACAUUCCGGACGAGGACAUCACUGCGUCCAGCCAGUGGUCAGAGUCCACCGCGGCCAGAUACGGACGGCUGGACUCGGAGGAGGGGGAUGGAGCCUGGUGCCCGGAGGUCCCGGUGGAGCCGGACGACCUGAAGGAGUUCCUGCAGAUCGACCUGCACUCCCUGCACUUCAUCACCCUGGUGGGCACCCAGGGCCGCCACGCCGGCGGCCACGGCAUCGAGUUCGCCCCCAUGUACCGGCUGCACUACAGCCGGGACGGCGCGCGCUGGAUCUCCUGGCGGAACCGGCACGGGAAGCAGGUGCUGGACGGGAGCAGCAACCCCUACGACAUCUUCCUGAAGGACCUGGAGCCGCCCAUCGUGGCCAGGUUCGUCCGCUUCAUCCCGGUCACCGACCACUCCAUGAACGUGUGCAUGCGGGUGGAGCUCUACGGCUGCGUCUGGCUCGACGGCUUGGUGUCCUACAACGCCCCGGCCGGCCAGCAGUUUGUGCUCCCUGGAGGCGCCGUCAUUUACCUGAACGACUCUGUCUACGACGGAGCUGUGGGGUCCAGCAUGACCGAGGGGCUGGGCCAGCUGACGGACGGCGUGUCCGGCCUGGAUGACUUCACCCAGACCCACGAGUACCACGUGUGGCCCGGCUACGACUACGUGGGCUGGAGGAACGAGAGCGUGGCCAGCGGCUACAUCGAGAUGGUGUUUGAGUUUGACCGCAUCCGGAACUUCACCACCAUGAAGGUGCACUGCAACAACAUGUUCGAGAAGGGCGUGAAGACCUUCAGGGAGGUGCAGUGCUACUUCCGCUCGGAGGCCGGCGAGUGGGAGCCCAACGCCGUGAGCUUCCCGCUGGUGCUGGACGACGUGAACCCCAGCGCCCGCUUCGUCACCGUGCCGCUGCAGCACCGCAUGGCCAGCGCCCUCAAGUGCCAGUACCACUUCGCCGACACCUGGAUGAUGUUCAGCGAGAUCACCUUCCAGUCAGAUGCCGCCAUGUACAACACCUCCGGGGCCCCGCCCGCCUCGCCGGGGGCGCCCACCACCUAUGACCCCAUGCUGAAAGUUGACGACAGCAACACCCGGAUCCUGAUCGGCUGCCUCGUGGCCAUCAUCUUCAUCCUCCUGGCCGUCAUCGUCACCAUCCUGUGGAGGCAGUUCUGGCAGAAGAUGCUGGAGAAGGCUUCUCGGAGGAUGCUGGACGACGAGAUGACUGUCAGCCUGUCGCUGCCCAGCCAGUCCAGCAUGUUCCAGAACCACCACUCCUCCCCGCCCAGCGAGCAGGGCUCCAGCUCCACCUACGACCGCAUCUUCCCGCUGCGGCCCGACUACCAGGAGCCCUCCAGGCUGAUCCGCAAGCUCCCGGAGUUCGCCCCCGGGGAGGAGGAGCCGGGUGAGGCUGGCUGCAGCGGCCUCGCCAAGCCCGGCCCGCCCGGCGCCGAGGGCGCGCCCCACUACGCGGAGGCGGACAUCGUGAACCUGCAGGGCGUGACCGGGGGCAACACCUACUCGGUGCCCGCGCUCACCAUGGACCUGCUCUCGGGGAAGGACGUGGCGAUGGAGGAGUUCCCCCGCAAGCUCCUGGCCUUCAAGGAGAAGCUGGGGGAGGGCCAGUUCGGGGAGGUGCAUCUCUGCGAAGUGGAGGGAAUGGACAGGUUCAAAGGCAAAGACUUUGCCGUCGAUGCCAGCGCCAGCCAGCCGGUCCUGGUGGCCGUGAAGAUGCUGCGGGCGGACGCCAACAAGAAUGCCAGGAACGAUUUUCUGAAGGAGAUAAAGAUCAUGUCCCGCCUCAAGGACGCCAACAUCAUCCGCCUCCUCGCCGUGUGUAUCGCCGACGACCCUCUGUGCAUGAUCACCGAGUACAUGGAGAACGGGGACCUCAACCAGUUCCUCUCCCGCCAUGAGCCGCCCGGCUCCACCCCCAGCCAGGGGCCCACUGUCAGUUACACCAACCUGAAGUUCAUGGCGACUCAGAUCGCCUCUGGCAUGAAGUACCUUUCUUCCCUGAAUUUUGUUCACCGCGACCUGGCCACACGGAACUGCCUGGUGGGCAAGAACUACACCAUCAAGAUCGCCGACUUCGGGAUGAGCCGGAACCUGUACAGCGGGGACUACUACCGCAUCCAGGGCCGCGCCGUGCUGCCCAUCCGCUGGAUGUCCUGGGAGAGCAUCCUGCUGGGCAAGUUCACCACGGCCAGCGACGUGUGGGCCUUCGGGGUGACCCUGUGGGAGGCCUUCACCUUCUGCCAGGAGCAGCCCUACUCCCAGCUGUCGGACGAGCAGGUCAUUGAGAACACCGGGGAGUUCUUCCGGGACCAAGGGCGGCAGACGUACCUGCCGCAGCCCGCCAUCUGCCCCGACUCCGUGUACAAGCUGAUGCUGAGCUGCUGGAGGAGGGACACCAAGCACCGGCCCUCGUUCCAGGAGAUACACCUGCUGCUCCUCCAGCAGGGGGACGAGUGACGCCUGGGGGUCGGUCCGCCACGCCGCCCACGCCACGCUGCGCCACGCGAGCAGGCCGUUCCUUUCCUCCUGCCCUCGUUUCCUCUGUCCACCCACUGUCCACCCCUCACCCACAUAUACUUGUUUUUUACGUUAAAGAACCAAAAAAAAAACAAAAAAAAAAAACCUGCUAGGGCAGAUAAAACCCAGUAAGGAAAUCUUCAUUGAUGUACCGAAGUGCUGCGAACAAAGGCUAGGUAACUUAGAUAAUUUAUAAAGGCUAAAUAUGCUUAUGUUUAUAAAUGUGCAGACUCUACAAUAUUUUUCCACGUUGCCUUUAAAAAUAGUUUCAGAAAUAAAAACUUGAAGAGUCCUCCUGCCUUAGGGACCUGAGACGAGGUUAGGGGAGCGCCCGGCCAGCGGGCCUCGGACGCUCAGGGACUCGCCAGGUGGGUCCGCCUCCUGGUCUGGCCUCCGGCUCAGCCACUGCCUUCCUCUUCCGGCCGAGCAGCUGACCCGUUCGGAGCCCCGCUCUGUGGGAUGGGCACUCCGCUCAUCGUGGCUGGGCUCAGGGUUGUGUCUGUGCCUAGAAUGCGGAGGCUGCGCAGGAAGACUGUGUGUGGUGGGCAGGGUUGUCAUUUGCAAACAAGCGCGGUGUCAGUGAGACCCUUUGAGUCCAUAGAAACUGGUGUUCCGGUAGCUUUCCCUCGGCCCUUGUCAUCCUGUUUUAAUAGAUGAGCCAGGUGCACCCGCGGCAGGCGGGGCUCCCAGGUGUGAGCGAUAGGGGGCGCCUGCUCCAAGUGUUCCCGAGCCCCCCCCCCCCACCCCCCCGCCAGGGGCACCAGGAUGAGUGGGCUGAAGAACUAGGGGAGACAGAUGUGGACUUGGACCCCAGAGCAGUGAUGGGUGAGAUGGUGUUGGGUGACCCUCUGCACAGGUCAAGCGUGAUGGAGAGAAAGAGGGGGGUCUGGCUUCCAAAUUUGUGGCAAUAGAUGCCUAGUGAAAUCAGAGCUCCCAAGCCCCCUCCCCCCACCUCCCAGAGUCCGUGGACAGCAGCAAAGGGAGCCCCAAUUCCCACAAAGGGGACACAAGAGAGGACGGCAGAGGUCUCAGCUUGCGUCCCUGCUCAGCCCCAGCUUGCUCCAGGCCAUGGCAGAGGGCAAACUCACCCCGCCCCUGCCCGCUGUGUCCUAGGACUCAGGCUCCCUCGAUGAGCCGGAGGCUCACAGGUGGGAGUCAGGACCCAUUUCUGCUUUGAGCAGCAGUGCCGUCUGGACGUCUCUGCCGCCGGACGUGUCCCUGGCUGUAAGGUGGUGGCCGCUGCAGUGGUGGCCGCGAGGGCUGUCAGUCCACGUGCCCCGUGCUCGCCGGGGAACCGGCUCCUCCUGCCGAGAACUGCGGUCGGGAAGAGGCUGCAGGAAGCGCCACAGCCGCACUGACACCGCCACGUGCACGCUCCAGCCCGUCCUCCAGCGGACACAGCAGCUGACCACGCUCUCACUCCUUGGGACUUGCCCCUCUGCGUCCAAGGUCCAUGUGAGCGUCGGAGUCCCCAGAGGAAAGCGGACAGGAGGCACACGCCUUUCUGAUCUUUAAAGAACCGGCUCAGGUCCUCAUUUGUGGGGCUGAGCGAAGACCCAGGAGAUCUUGGUGGCCUCUGAGGACAGAUCAUGGGGGCCAGUCCGGGGAGGAGGCUGAGGAGUCAGCCCAGCUGCAGGCGGAGUGAACUCCUUCCUUCCACCAGAUCCUCACCUGAGUGAGUGCCCGCACACCGGACAGGCCGCUGCCUUCCUCAGCCCAACAGCCACAGCCCAUCUCACCGGAAGCAGCUCAGGCAUUGAACAACAGGGCCAGGAGGGUGACCACGGAAGCCAAGUCAUCACACUUCUCUAGAAUUCAAGGGACGUGAGCCGCCCCCAGGGGAGAGGCCCUGCCAGGACUGCGGAGGGGCGGGAGGGUGGUGUUUCUCCCGCCCUGUGCCUAACGGUUCUCCUCUGGCUUCUUUUCCGCAUCCCACUUUAGCCCGCUGUGUUUCCUGAGCCCGCAGAGGCCGUCCUGUGUAAUGGGAAUGUGGAGCUUCUGGGUUUCCCCGGCCCUGGGGGAGAGUCACUGGCUCCAGGUGGUGUCCUGUUACCCUUUCUAACUCACCGUUAUUGGGUCUGGGGGACGCUUUCCGUCCAGGGGUGGCUGUGGAGUCAGAUGGGAGUGUCUGUGGAGGCGAGUCACCGUGCUGAGAGCCAGGCCCUGCCUGGAUGCACAGCCCAGACUCCCUGCUCAGAGGCCCGCCUGGUGGCCGGAGCGGCUGCGUGUUAGUGCUGGGCAGGUCGCCGGCAGGUGCCCGCGGUGUGGUGAGCACAGUGAGGAGGGGGACAGAUGGUGAGCGAAGGUGCGAGGGGCUGAGAGGGAGGUGGCGGUGGGAAGAGGCCGCAGGAAGGAGCUCGGUUCUCGCACAGGUGGCUGCGGGGGGUCAGGAAGCCAGACAGACUCCGGCGAGGCGAGACUCUGUUCUGGAGACGGCCGAGUGAGGGCAGAAAAAGUAAGUGUCGUGAAGAUGAGAGGAGGACAUGUGUGCUGAGAAGGAACUGCGGACGUGGCGAUCGUAAGAAUGUGGAUGGGGAGCGGAGCCGGUGGGCAGUGUGCACAGAGGGAGCUUUUAGCCUCCGAGGGCAGAGUCCUCGUGGACGCGGCCCACCGUGCCCGGCAGGACACCCUUCCUGCCCGAGGAAGCAGGUGGCGGAGGUCUGGGCGCCUGUGUCCUCAGCUGCGAAGCCAUCGGCUCCGCCCGCCAGGGGCCUGGUCCCCAAGAGCUGCUGCGGAUCAGCCUGGGCCUGGGGAGCUGGCAGACGGCCACCGGCUUUGCUCCUGUUAAGGGCUCACUGUGGGCCCACAAGGGUCGCAAACAGGGAAGCACUCGGCUCGAGAUGGGUCGCCCCAGUCUCGUUUGACACCCACUCAGUCGUGGGUGCUGCUGGAAGCCGGGUCGCUCUCCCUUCCUCCAGGCUCCCCAUGGGCGGGGGAACUCAGCCUGUUUGUGUCAGAGGAGGACAGAGAAGAGGGGAAGAGAGGAAGUUCCAAGGAGAUACUCUAAAACAGAGUACCAUCUGUUCUGCCCAAAACUAUGAAAAGUGAAGAAAAUUACAGUGAAGGCUUAAAUUAUUCUUCAAAUAGGACUGCUAAGUCCCCGAUCCUAAGUUGAGUUUGCAGUCCUGCCUCUUCGCCUUUUCUGUAAGACCUCUGACCUCUGACCUCUGGCCUGGCAUAUGGCAGGUCCCUGAAUGCUUCCCCGAGUUACAGAUCUGGUGUAUGUCGGGAAAUCCUCCUGAAUUGAAAUUGAACAUUUUCACAGAAGCAGAUGAAUGUCUUUUCCACGUGGUAACUGCAUUGGAAUGCUUCCCAACACGGGAAGCAGCGGAGUGGUUAAUGAUGCCUGGGUUGCUGGCAUUUGAGCUCUCUGCUACAACCAGCUGCACUAUUUGGUAGGCAAUUGUUUCUAAAACUAGUUAGGUGUUUCAAAACUGGCGAGAAGUAGCAAAACUAGUACAGACUGGCCUCACCCUAACACCAGGCUUUCCCUGGUAACCUCUUACGGAACCAUCAUGCUUUUCCAAAGCCAGAAACCUGACAUUGGUCUGAUAUUAACGCACCACAGACCAUAUUCAGACUUCACCAGUUUUUCACAUGCACUGAGUCAGUUUCUGGAUAGGUUUAAUCCUUGCUGGUUUGUAACCUGGCCUUGCUCGGAGGACUUGAGAAGACACCAUCUGGAUACAAAUGUACUAACUCUUAAGGAGAAUGUAACAAGCUCACUUGUUCCUUUAUCAGUGAGCAUUAUCCUGCCCGGCCUGCGUGGGCAUACAUCUGCUGACCUUGCUUGGCUGUUUAGCAUCUGGAACAAUCCAGAACAAGUUGGAAGGAUCAGGCAACACAGAGGACAGUGAAGACCUGACAUGGCUUGCUGGUUACAGAAUCAAUAAUAAUAAUAAUAAUAAUAAUAAUAGCAUAAUAUGCUAAUUAGACUGGACGUCCUUCCGGAUGACCUUCAAGAUGAAGCCAGGGCUGUGAUGGAAGCCCAGGUCCCGGUGCCAGCUGGAAGCCGGUGCCAGCAGCUGGGGGAAGAAAGGCCUGCUCUUACAGAAUUCCGAGCACCGGGCCUCUAGUCAGGCGUAAAGGGAAAUUGAGGUGGUUCCUGCUGUUUCUGGAAGGAAGGAGCGUAACUGUGGCAGAGAGCAAGCACUCCAGAGUGAACCAGCCAAGGAGUAGGCGGCUCCGAGUGACGGCCCCAGGGCUCUGUGGGAGGCCUGGAACACAGUGGUCCAGACCCUGAAUGUGAUAAGAAACUAUUUUCAGAAUAAUAGAGGUUUCAUUUGCCUAAAUAUCUGUUCUGAAAUGAAAUAAACCACACUAGACCAAAUUAAAUACUAAUUCCGGGGGAAGGGGUGGUAUUGAGGCUCCAGCUCUGUGGCUCCCAGCUGUGAGGUUUGUGGCGGUGUCUUAGUGCCGUUUGGGACUCACAAGAUUGUACCUUGUUUUCCACUGCGUCCCACAUCCUGUACAGCUCCUGGCCCAGACUCACCUGCCGGGCACCCCGUACAUGCCUAGAGUGUUGUUUUUGAAUGAAUUGAAUAUAGAAACAGGCACCUGUCAAACUGCAUGCCUGGUGAGUUAGGGAGACGUGCUCUGCUGUGCUAGAGAGGGCUGGUUUUAAUUGGGGAGGGAGAAGAAAGGGCCAGUCCUUACCUGGCGGAGAACAGCCUUCACCUGUGUACUUCCUGGGUCUACCUUCCUCCUCGAGGCCUGUAGACAGCAUUUCAAGGCCUGUAGACAGCAUUUCUGUGUAAGGCACCCCAUCCAGAGCAGGCUCCAGACUCUGGCCCACAUUCAGCCCUUUUGAAAUAGGUUUUGCAGACAUCAUGUCUAAAGGAGCAGGCCGAGUCAGUCCCGAGCUCCCCCGAGUUUGCAGGCAUUCAGGACCUGCGAUCACCAGUGCAGGGAGGAUUUGCAGAGGUUUUGAGUUUUUACUCGGAGUGGAAACCUGUUUUCUUGAAGAGGCUUGGAAGUAACGAAAGGUGUGAGCAUUCCCACAAACACCGAGUUUGCCAGCAGCCCAGCUGCUCACUUGCGCCCGUCUCAGCCCGCGCCGCGCCGCCCGUCCCUUCCGGUGGCUUUGCUGCGGGACCAGAGCAGCUUCCUGUGAGGAGAACUUGGGAGGCCAUGGGCCUAGUCCAGGGGUAAAGAGAAAACUGACUUAAUUUGUACUUAAAACUCUUGUAGUCAUUCCAAAAUAGAGCAUGAAGAACUCUCUGUAUUAGAAAAAGAACAAGAUACCAAUUGUAUAUUUUCUUCUUUAUUUAUUCUCUGUAAGUCUGAUAAUGAUAAAUUGUAAAUAACAAUGAUUAAAGAAACAUGCUACUGA